GUCGUAAUUCACAACCAUCUCUUCAUGACUAUUCAGCACCAGCGGGGUCCCGUCGAGAUACUUGAGAUGGUGUCGCACUUGAUAUCGCUAUUGUUAUCUACCAAAAUAGAGCCGCAGUUUGCUUUGGUGUGGCGUCAAGAGCCGAAGCUCGAAGGUCUUUAAAUCCAAGCAAAGCCGUUGUGCACGGGCCAACUUGCGCGCUUCACUUGUCAUAAUUUUAGUUCGCAGCGCGCGUUCAGCUUUGAGCCAUUCACACUGUAGGUCGUCAUAUAAAUGACCCGUUAACCAAGCCAUGAUACCUCACAUACAAAGAUGAAGUCCUCCCUCUCUCAAAUUAACGCUGAUGGCAGUGUUAAAGUUACUCCUAAAACGCCCCGGAUUCUCUCCGGUCGUUAUCUCCACAUGCUUUGGGCAGGCUCUGCCGCUAUGGAUGAAGACCAAUCUGAUGAGGGCGAUACCUCUGCAAGUGACAACAGCCACACCGAUGAUCGGUCUGCUGUGGCGGAAACAGUGAAAAUAACCUCAAAAAGCCCGGACGAAACUCCGUGCAAUAUCUGUGCCGAAGACAAUUCAGAUAUCAUCAUAGAUGAAGCUGAACCAACGUUUCAGCGUUCGCGAUCGCCCGUGUCCUCGGUGACAUCCGGGGUGUCUGCAGCACUCGCAACUUUGGCAAAACAUUGUCCACCACAACUUGGAUGGAAUUCGAAGAUAAAGACAAAACGACCGCACAGCUCGCUGGAAGAGGAAAUUUCUCCUAGGAUAAUCAGGAAACGACGUCAGCUGAUAGGUUGGGGCCAUCUGCAACAAGAAGAAGUCCUUCUCGCAUGGCUCACCCACGCUCUGGUGCCUUCCGAUUCAUUGCCUUCUGAGGUACUCGCCCAGGACAAAAGCGUCGCUCAUGACCCUUGCGACUCGGAAAUAGAAAAUACUCCCUCGCAGGUCAUCUCUCAUGUAUCGGUCAAGAGACGCAAAACAGCACAUAGGAUCUCUCUCACGCCCAUACCGGAAGCCGAAGAACGAUGGCCUUAUUGGCUUACUCGCCCUUUGCGCACACCUUGGACAUUUGGAUCACCGCUUCGGGAGGAUCCGCCACCUCGAACUUCCCCGCCUAGUCACAGCCCAACCCCGCCGAUCCCUGCAGUACGAUUCUCCAGUGCAUACGCAUCGUGCUUCGCGAAUGCACACCGCCAACCUAGUGUCAUCUGUUGGAAACUGCCUUGAUUGCCCACUGCCCAGUGUCGGUUAUAUAUUUGUAGAUAUCAUAUUCUAUGUGCGCAUGAACGGAUGCGCUACGGCCCCCCACACGGUGCAACAUUUGACAGAUUUGCGUCUCGCCGUGACUCUCAA